AGUGUUUAGUUAUUUAAGUAUCAUGGAUUCUCUAUAUAUUAAAGUAAGCAGAAAGACUCAAAAUGAUUAUUAUCAAGUGAAUUUGGAAACAUUAAUCACCAUAUUUGUGUACAAAGUUUGUGGGAUCAGUAAUGUAAUUUUAAAGGUACAAUUUGAAAAAGAGAGCUCCCAACCAACAUUUUUAGUAGAUUUUACAGAUAUUCAACUGCAGAUUUUAAAUAAUGAUGUCCCUUUGGUUGCUAAAUAUUGUGCAUGGCCUGUCAUCAUUUCUGGCAAGAGUGUAGUAGCAGGCUUAGCAGCAGUCUGUCGUAAGAUUGUUAAAAGCUGUAAAAAUGAAUUCAAAAAGUUGUUGGGGUUUAGGGAAGCCUGUCUCAUGGCCUGCAGUGAAUCAUCAGUAUGGACAAAGUUCUGUGAGGUAGAUAUUAUCUCAACGGUAAAGAAUUUUCUUCUGAAUUUCCAUGAGUACUUUCAAGACCACAAAUUUUUCCCUCCAGAGGAUUUAAUUCGGUUUGAGUACCACAUGGGGCAACCUGUUCGUGUACACAAUGUCUAUAAGAUAGCUCGUCAGUCUAAUGGAAAUAGGAACAUCAAAAGUGGAGUUCCAAUAUCAGAACUUAAUGUGGAACAUACGUUUGGAGAGGGUGUUGAAAUGACUCUAGCUGAUGUAGUACUGUUUCCCUGUUUCAAAAUAUUCUUUCAAAUAUUAGAGCCAGAUAUUUUAAAAAAGUAUUUACCUCUUGUAAUAAAAUGGUAUGAUAAUAUGAAUGCUCAAGAAAAUUUACCACAAUUUACUUUUCAAAUGGACAAAUUGCAAAACAAAAACGUUAUUAAUAUAUCAGACGUUUUAAUUCCAAAUAAUAUUACCAAGCAGAGCCUAUAUGUAAGUGAUCCUACAAGAUAUAAGCCUCAGUCAAGGAUCUACACAAAGCAAGAGGACAUCGACGAAAUUAUAAGCCACAUAAUUGAUUCCAAACUUAAAAUAAUUUCUUCUGACAAAUGUUUUUAUGAUGAUGUAAAUUUCAGUUGGUCAGAAAUUUCUUCUGAAGCUGCACCUUGUAGUGGAGCACUGCCAGAGAAACGAGUUUCAAGAAAAACUCAGCAACUCGAGAACUUAGCUAAAGCAGCCGUUAAAUUGGCAGAAGACAAAUCUAAGACCAUAGUAGACUUUUGUAGUGGCAGUGGGCAUUUGGGUAUUGUAAUUGCUGCAUUAUUACCACAAUGUAGAGUUGUUUUAAUAGAAAAUAAAGAAAAGUCUUUGCAGAGAGCCAUGGAGAGAGUCGAAAAGAUGAACUUAGGAAACGUUACUUUCCUUCAGUGUAAUUUAGAUUAUUUUCAAGCAAAUUUUGACAUUGGCCUAGCAUUACAUGCUUGUGGCGUAGCCACAGAUUUAGUUAUUCAAACUUGCAUAGAUCGCAAAGCAAAUUUUAUAUGCUGCCCAUGCUGCUAUGGUGGGAUCCAUAACUGCCACCAUGUAUCCUAUCCGAGAAGUCGCACAUUUAAAGAGGCUUUGAUAAAGUAUCAAGACUUUUUGGUUUUAAGUCACGCAGCUGAUCAGACCCACAAUGAUAACAGUUUUAAAACAUCUCAGGGAUACUUAUGCAUGAACAUUGUGGAUUCGGAUAGAAAGUUUUAUGCAGAAGAAUGCGGUUACACUGUUCAUUUAGGAAAAUUAAAACCUCCAACGUGUACCCCUAAAAAUAAUAUAUUAAUUGGUAUCAAAGAAGAAAAUGUACACAGUCUUAUGAACAAAAUAUGA